AUGAACAAUCAUGGUUCUCAUCUCACAGAAGAAUUCAUCCAAUACUGCAACCUUCAUAAGAUUAUUCUAUUCAGAUUUCCAUCUCAUACAAGUCAUAUUCUACAACCUCUUGAUGGCGUACCUUUUCAGCAGUAUAAGCAUUAUCAUACAAAGGCAGUUAAUGAGGCCGCCCGCUACGGAUAUGAGCAGUAUGGUGGCAGACAAUUCCUUGCUAAUCUGGAGAGCGUCCGAUUGCAAGCAUUCAAACCUGGCACUGUGCGAGCUGGCUUUGCCGACCGCGGAAUGUAUCCAGUUAAUCGCGAUAUAAUUCUCAAUCGAUUGAGACCUCUUACCAUUGAUGAUGCCCCGGAUCUCAACAUAUAUGAUGGUGAUGGUGAUACAGUUGCAAAACUACAUCACCAAAUCAAUGCAGCAGCCAAGGCCUUACAAGAUGUGAAGGAUACCCUUACACCUGAUUUGACAAGGCAGUUGGACAAGAUCUUCAAGGGUAGCAUGGUCCAGGCGGAAUUGAACGCGCACUGUGAGGGUGAACUUGCAGAUCAUUAUCAAGCAAAUAGAUGUCAGGUUGUCAAAUCCUCCUGCAGACAGAUGCAAGUAGACGGAGUCCUCACUAUUAAGAAUGCCAAUCACAAGAUCACGACCUGUAGAGCAGAUGAGAUGAAAAAAAUGUUCAAUAAGAAUCUUCAGUCAAUUGAAAUCAAAUCUACAAAAUCUACAGCCACUCAAUCACAACAAGAUAAUUCUAUAGAAUUUCAAUCUACAGUGGAUUCUACACCUUCUAAUGAAUAG